AUGCACCUGUUUGCUGGCGCCAAGAAUGGAAGCACUUACAUUGAUGAAAUCGGGGUGGUUACCAGCUCAGGCAUCACCAUCGUCAUUUCUGCACAGUCAGCUGCUGACGUGUCACCUGAGGGGGUCCAGGGUCAGUUGGAGGUGAACAGUGCAUCGCUGCCAGACGACAUCCUGACCAUCGAUCUGCUUCGGCAUACGGUCAGGAUCGAGCGGCGCAAGGCAAGCGUGCGGGUGCGUGUGCGAGGGGUGGUGGAUCUGACGGUUGACAUUCUUCCUGACCUCUCACGCAAGUCCCGUCCCAACUAUCUGAACAUUCGCAUUGCCAGCCUGCAUGCAUCCCGCAAGGUACACGGCAUCAUAGGGCAGACGUACCAGGACUCUGCUUCACGCCUGUCCAGAUUCAGUGAAUCUCAGGGAAAGAACGGCCCAGCGAAAGAGAGGGCCAUUAUUGAUGGCACAGAACAGGACUACAAGACGUCGGGUAUUCUGGAUGCUGACUGUAAGUUCCAGCAGUUCAGGAAGAAACACGCUGGUCACCGUCACUCUAAAUAG